CACAAAUACUCAUAUCUUGGGUAGCUUAUAGUUGCAAGCUAAUAAUGAAGAUUGAUGUCGAAGUUAUCUCCAGAGAAUCAAUCACACCCUGUACUCCAAUCCCUGAGCAUCUCUGCCGUUACCAAUUUUCUUUUCUUGAUCAACUAUCUCCGACCUUUUUUAUGUCUACGAUUUACUUCUACCAUCUUGAUGACAAACGUAGCCAUAGUGAAAUUUCAAACAGCCUAAAAAGCUCACUGUCCAAGAUUCUAAAUCAUUACUACCCAUUAACCGGAUGCCUUGAAAACAACUAUGUAGACUGCAACAAUGCGUCAGUACUUUUCUUGGAGGCUCAAGUCGGUUGCCAACUUUCUCAAAUUAUCGAAGAACCACUACUUCCAAGUGAGUUCAACAAAUUUCUCCCUAACGAUCACAAGCAAGACGGUAUCACAAAUGUUGUCCUGGCCAUCCAAACCAACUACUUUAACUGUGGCAGUGUUGCGAUUGGUGUACUCAUGUCGCACAAGAUUGCAGAUGCUUCAUCAAUGAUCACAUUUAUGAAGGACUGGGCUGCUACUACUCGUGAUGAAACUGACAAUAUUUGUCCACAGUUCGAGUCCGCCACUCUCUUUCCACCCAAGGAUCUAGAUGACAUAACAAGCACAGUUAAUGUUCCUCCUGAGGAGAACAUCGUGUUGAAGAGGUUUGUGUUCAGUGGCUCCGUUCUGGCUACUCUCAAAGAAACAUAUGCUGACAACGGGAUUCAUCCAACCCGUGUUGAGGCCUUAUCAUCUUUUAUAUGGAGUCGUUUCACGGCUUCCACUAGAACAAAGAUGGGGCUUGAGAGGCUUUGCAUGUUGAUUCAUCCAGUGAAUUUGCGGAAGAGAAUGGAUCAACCGCUGCCUGAUGAGUCUUUUGGGAAUAUAUCUGGACCUGCAGUGACAAUGAUCUCAUCAGAAUUUACUGGGGAAGAGUGUCAUGGACUGGUUACAAAGUUCAGGGAGGCUAAAAGGAAACUGGACAAGGAUUAUAUGAAAAAGCUACAAAAUGGGGUAUUCGAAGACUUUGGUUUAAGGGAAGGUCUUAAUGAAAGAUUGAAUAGAGAAGAUAUGGUUCAAUUCUGCUUUACAAGUUUAUGUAGGUUUCCAUUGUAUGAAACUGACUUUGGUUGGGGAAGGCCUAUCUGGGUAACUGUUGGUGGGUUGGCUUGUAGCAAUUUGGCAAUUCUAUUUGACACCAAAGGUGGAGAUGGAAUAGAGGCAUGGGUUCACUUGAAAGAGGAAGACAUGGCCAAAUUUGAAGCUGACGAGGAGCUACUCUCCUUUGUUUCUCCUGCCUCAUUCAACUAAUACAUUCAGAAUUCAACAUAUGUAAUAAUGUGUAUUAUUGUUUGAAAUUAUAUGAAAAUAAUAAGAUAAUCCUGUGAUAAAGAACAUAGUUUUAGGAAAUUAAAUUUCACAUCAUAAAAAUGAAAUUUUGAAU